AUGUCGGACGCUCAGACCCAAGUCGGAUGCUUCACCCGUCUGUUCUCAUUCCACCGCAAGCGCCAGCCUGACAAUGCACCCAUGCAAGCUGGGCUCGCGCGGGAGCACACGCGUCAGACGUCGCUGCCAGCGACUGAAGUCAAGAAGCUCUCCUACAUGGAUUUCGCCAACACCUGCAUGUGCUGCGACUACGCCAUAGGACGGGAUGCGCACAUCGAGAAGCCUCCCUCCUACGACGCACACGCCCUAAGCGAGAUAUUCCGCCCAGAAGUCCUGGAGACGAUUGAAAAGACCGUGGACAAGUACGACCCCGAGCUCCGUGAGCUGAGCCUAGACAUCCUGGCCCACCCCGAGAUCGGCUGGCAGGAGAAACGGACGCACGACAAGCUGACCGCGUUCAUGUCCUCUCAUGGAUUCGAUGUGACACCCCACUACCUCGGCCUCUCCACUGCCUGGCGAUGGCCGCGGGUCAUCGGAAUCAACUCUGAGAUGGACGCGCUCCCCGGCGUCGGACACGCGUGCGGGCACAACUUAAUCGCCAUUGCGGGCGUCGGCGUCGCACUCGCGAUUAAGGCUGCUCUGGAGAAGCAUGACGUCAGCGGGACCAUCGUACUGCUCGGCACACCUGCUGAGGAGGGCGGAGGAGGCAAGAUCAAUCUCCUCGACGCUGGUGCGUACGAUGAGAUGGACGCAUGCAUAAUGUGUCACCCGGGAGGUGGCGCAGCGAACUACUCCUCCAUCGCCGCUGAAAUCGAGUUCUUCGGACAUGGCGCACACGCCGCAUGGGCGCCCUGGGAGGCGCAGAACGCUCUCGACGCGGCGUUCCUCGCGUACUCGAGUGUGUCGGUCCUCAGGCAGCAGAUCAAGCCGACGCACCGUGUGCAUGGUAUCGUGAGCGGGAGGGACUGGGCGCCAAACAUCAUCCCGGACUACGCGAAGAUGCGCUGGAUCGUGCGGGCGCCGACCUGGGGUGAACUCGAGGCUCUGCGGGAGCGCGUCAAGGCAUGCUUCGAAGCCGCAGCCCACGCCACAGGCUGCAAGCUCUCGAUGAGCAUCGGGGUAGGGUACUACGAUAUCAGGCAGAACAAGGUGUUGGGCACUCAGUACUCUGAGGUUGUUGACCGGUACGGAGUGACGGCCCAGUUCGACGGCGGCAUGGCUGCGUCCACGGACUUUGGUAAUGUCUCGUACGCGCUCCCCUCCCUCCACCCGAACUUCACCAUCCCCACCGAGCCCAACGGCGGCAACCACACGCCGCAGUUCACCAAGUCCGCGGGCACGCCCGAGGCGCACCGGCUCACGAUCAAGACGAUCAAGGCGCUCGCGCUGACGGGCUUCCGCGUCGUGGACGAUGCGGAGUUCGCUGAGGACGCGAGGAAGGCGUGGGAGGUGCAGAUGGGUGAAGAUGCGCGCAGGAGGGUGUAA